GUAUCGAACGACGCAUUGACGAUGCAAAAUCAGAAUAUCGAGCACGAAAGGCCAUAAAUAUUGAAAAGAAAAGACUGGCUAAUAAAGAUCGAAUAAAAGUGGAUUUCACUACUAUUGACAUUGAAAGAAAGUUGAGAAAAAUAGCAACCAGAGGCGUUGUACAAUUAUUCGAUGCAAUUCAUAUAUCACAAAAAAUUGUUGAUAAUUCAAUAAAAGAAGCUGGUGGUAAACAAAGAUUAACAACAAAGGAAGCUAAAGAUGUAUCUUCAAUGUCAAAGGAGAAAUUUCUCGAUCUUUUGAAAGGUGGUCUUUAA